UGCAGCCAAUGAGUGAAUAGAUUGUUGCUAUAAGAAAGACCCGCAUCUGCAAUUCCAGUUAUUCUUCAGUUUUCUUAGGAGUGGAAAAAUGAGCGGUAGGGGGAAGACCGGUGGAAAAGCGAGAGCGAAAGCUAAAACCCGUUCAUCCAGAGCUGGACUCCAGUUUCCGGUAGGUCGAGUUCACCGAUUGCUUCGUAAAGGAAACUAUGCAGAACGUGUUGGUGCCGGUGCUCCAGUUUAUCUUGCUGCAGUGCUCGAGUAUCUGACUGCUGAGAUCCUGGAAUUGGCUGGUAACGCUGCCAGAGACAACAAGAAAACUCGCAUCAUUCCCAGACAUCUGCAGUUGGCAGUGCGUAACGACGAAGAGUUGAACAAGCUCCUCGGAGGUGUCACUAUCGCUCAGGGUGGAGUGCUGCCCAACAUCCAAGCUGUGUUACUCCCGAAAAAGACCGAGAAAGCAGUGAAAGCCAAGUAAACACGGCAUUACUCUCUCAAUCAUUCACCCAAAGGCUCUUUUAAGAGCCACC